GAGAGCUUCUCACUUUAAGGGAUUACACCAAGUCCAUGCAGAGGACCCUCCUCCCCCAUUACUCACACACAGCCCUGCCUGCAGGAGCAAAAACUUAACACAACAACGGUCCAAGGAAGAUCUGAAGCACCUACAGAAAAAAAAAUACCCAACCUCCUGUCUUUGGUUUCACUCUGUGUAAUAUCCAGCCCAAUAAAGUAGAAUCAUCUUUCCUGACAAUUGUGAUUCAGCUGCCAUGGACACAGAAUACUAACUUUUUCCUCCUCUGGAGAGGUUGCACAUGACUGCCUGGCUGGCCCUGUUGUACCUUCUGCAUCCCAAGCAUGGAGCAGGCCUGAGUGUUUCUACAGGUCUUUUAAACCUCUGUUUACAGACUGCACAGUUUCCACAAUCUGCCAAAAUUCAUGGACACACCUAUCAUGAAGAAAGGCAGCUCUUAAGGACACCUUUAUUUCAGGAUCUUCUGCUGCUGCUGCCGCCUUGCUGACCCACCUGAAGAUCCCGAGAUAUGUCCUUCAGGUCAUACUUUUAGACCUGCUUGAGAUAUAUAUAUAUAUACACAUAUAUAUAUAUUUAUUUUUUUGAGACAUCAUAUGAUAGCAGAUGACAGCACGGGGACCUCCUGAAUUGUUCUGACUUUUUGUUAUUUGUGGUUGUAGUUUGAUCGUCUGGGCAAGGACAGUCCCCAGGACAUACGGUCUCCUGUGCUGACUUGACAUUCAAUGCAUGGCUUAGGACUUCAGUUUGUGGAAGUAGGAGCCAGGUACCAAAGCAUCUGCAAAAAAUCAAUCUCCCACUCGUGUUCUUUCCUCGCUUCAGAAAUGCUUUUCCACAGCCUGUCAGGGGGUGAGAUGCAUGGGGUCAUCGAUGAGAUGGACAGAAGAUCCAAGACUGAAACUCCUGCCAUCAGCUCUGCUAUUGACAGAGGGGAGACUGAAACGACCAUGCCCUCUAUCAGCAAUGACCGGGCUGCCCUGUGUGCCGGCUGUGGAGGGAAGAUUUCAGACCGGUACUACCUCCUGGCAGUGGACAAGCAAUGGCACAUGCGCUGCCUUAAGUGCUGUGAAUGUAAAUUAAACCUGGAAUCUGAACUUACCUGCUUCAGCAAAGAUGGCAGCAUCUACUGCAAAGAGGACUAUUACAGGAGGUUUUCUGUCCAGAGAUGUGCCAGGUGCCAUUUAGGGAUCUCUGCCUCUGAGAUGGUGAUGAGAGCCAGGGACUUAGUUUACCACCUCAACUGCUUCACUUGUAACACUUGCAACAAGAUGCUGACCACUGGGGACCACUUUGGGAUGAAGGAGAACUUGGUCUACUGCAGAUUACACUUUGAGACUUUGAUACAGGGAGAAUACCAGGUCCAUUUCAAUCACUCGGAUGUGGCAUCAGGAAAGGGUUCAGGACUGGGGUCUGGGGCCAACUCUUUGGGGUUGCCUUAUUACAACGGCGUGGGGACUGUGCAAAAAGGAAGACCCAGGAAAAGGAAGAGUCCAGGGCCUGGAGCAGAUCUGGCUGCCUACAAUGCAGCGCUCAGCUGCAAUGAAAACGAUGGAGACCAUAUGGACAGAGAUCAACAGUACACCCCCAACCAGAAAACCAAACGUAUGAGGACCUCCUUCAAACACCAUCAGCUGCGGACAAUGAAAUCUUACUUUGCUAUUAACCACAAUCCAGAUGCCAAGGACCUAAAGCAACUAGCACAGAAGACAGGUUUAACCAAAAGAGUUUUACAGGUAUGGUUUCAGAAUGCAAGAGCCAAAUUCAGAAGGAAUCUUUUGCGUCAAGAAAAUAAUGGAGUGGACAAAACAUCUGAUUCUGCACUUCAAGCUGGGACUCCUUCAGGUCCAGCUUCUGAAAUUUCAAAUGCCUCUAUGAGCCCCUCCAGCACCCCAACUACAUUAACAGACUUGACAAACCCUACCAUGCCAACUGUGACCUCUGUACUAACUUCGGUGCCUGGCAGCUUGGACAUACAUGAGUCUCGAAGCCCUCCACAAACAACACUGACAAAUCUGUUCUGAUGACUCUCGGAAAAGUUUCUUUAAGAGAAAGAAAUUAUUUUUAGUCAAUUUCCAAGUGUAUUUUAAUAGAGACUUUGUUCAAUGAAUAACCCUUUUUUGAGGACGUCCUGGUGAAAAGCUCAUUGUACUGGUGUUAAAGAUAAACUGAAAGAUAGCUUGAAAGAUGUAUCUGCAACACAACAUUUGUGUAACUGUACAGUUUUGCGGUCUAAACAAAGGAAAGAACCAUUAAUUUAAGUUGGCUGAAUCUUCUGUAUUCUCAAAGACUGUUACGUGCCUUAUAUACUGACUUAUCAACAUACAUUUCUCUCUGUAUAUUUACGACCAGAACAAAAUUGUUAAAAGUUUUUUUCAAAUAGUCCUAAAAAAAAGUACAUUGUUUAGAUAUUUUUUUUGAACAGAACUUUUAGCAUUAAACUGAUAAUGUAAAAUUUGAGCAGAAACAGGUUCCAUGGUGGCUUUUGACUGCGUUCUAAGGGUUACAGAGGUUUAAGCACCAAGAUAUGGUAUAUAGAGAGUAUUCAUUAUUUUAUAUAAGGAGAUACAACAAUAGGCUUUCAAACAUCUCAUUACAUAAAGAAUCCCUUUUUACCUUGCAUUGUGGUGAUCUGACACAAUAUUGUUUUGCUAUCUAGUAAAAGUGUGUUAAAAAUUAUGAAGAACUUACAAACGAGUAGUCAUUGGCCAGACUGAGAUAAGUAUUAACCAAUGAGAUAGAACAUUCACAGAACGUUAGUAUUUUUCUCAACUAAAAAUGCAUACCAAUAUAAUUAAUUCCCUCACACCAAGCCUAGUAAGGCUACUAAAUUCUUAAAUGAAUCUAAAGAAACAAACAAACAAAAAAAAGCAAAAAACAACAUAUUAGUGCUUAAAUUUAAUCAGUACAAUUAUUUAUUUCACUGUGAACGCUGAUAUAAUUUGGAAUCAUGCACAAUUGCUUUUAGCCAUCAAAAUCGUUAAUUAUAGUUUUGAACAGAAUUCCAGCUCAUAUUUCACGUAAAAUAACACUUGUAUAAUUUUUCAAAUUAAAAUACAUUGCAGAAAGGUGAAAUAAUUUUAAAUGGCAUUGAAUAUAAAGGAACAUACACAUACACAGAGCAACAUACAAAUAAUAUAAUACACAAUAUUUAUUAGGGUUUCUGUUAUAAAUUGGAAAGUGUUGAGUGAGCAAGCCAUUUUACUCACAAAUGAGUACUCUGGCAUUAUCUUGAAGAUGAACUUUGCUAGUGCUCACUAAAAUUGAAAACCUUAAGUAAAAUUCAAAAGUAUUUUAGUGUAAAAUUUAGAAUCCACUUUACAUUAUACAGGCUCAUAUACCCCAAAAAUGGGACUGAAUUUAGAAAGUACAUAGAACACCAAACAAUGUGUAAACACAAACUAAAGUGAAACACAAUAUUACACACAGUGGAAUUAUGUCAAUAAAUAAAUAUACUUUUCCUGAAAGGCCGUAUUCCCCAGGAACCUCUGAAUCUUCAACAAAUAUAUCAAAGAGCAAGGAGAGAUACUGCAAGACAAUAUAUAUA